AGAGUAGGCGGAACAGCACCUUUAACCAAACCCCUGAAAACAAUUCCACUGAUUAAAACAAAGGCACAAGCUGAAUGUAGUUUAAAUACAUGAAUAAUUCAGUUUAAUGUGCUGGACUCUGCCCUCGUUGCAUGUCCAUGAAUUGUUGCCAUAGCAACAGUAAACAUUUCAGCCAUGGCUACUAACACUAAACUGCUUACAGAGCCCAGAAGCAGAACGAGACAUAUUGAGAUGUCUGAAAUCCCAGACACAGAAAAGAAAUGGUCUCUUCCAGGAUGGAAAAUAGAACAGAAAUAUUCCAACAAAGUUCUUGUCGGAAACUGGCUAGAAGAAAGGAAAGAGUUUAAGAGAGGCUCCUAUUCAACAAAGGGUAGUUGUUACAGAAUAGACUACGCCUCUUUCCCGGUAGAUAAUUCAAGUGUAAUGCUGAGGAGGUCAAUUACGAAAAGGAUGCAGGGUCUGCCGAAGCAACAUCUAAUCACCCAUCAUGGGGAACCCAACUCUAAGUAUUUAGUAUCAUUAUACGAUGAUCAUUAUUUAAGACGUGGGAAUUUGUCCUUGCCUCCUACUCGUACUUUUAAUGGACACCAAUUAGCUUGGGUUCCUGAGUGUUCUGAUUAUCCUACUAUAGAGCCACCUACCAACUAUGGCCUCAAGAAGGAAAAAGAAAUGCAAUGGAAAGAAAGUUCUUCCAAAGAAACUAGAAGUGUUUAUUCAGCUUCUUAUAAGAAUCCUCCACUUUCUGCCUUUACGAUCAAUCAUUGUGGAGUAGCACCCCGCAUUUUGUCCAGUAAACUGCACCAUCAUAACAAUAUCAACAAGAGCUUACAAUUCAGGAAUCAGAAACAUCUUCAGGUUCCUGACUAUCCAGUGCGGGAAACCAACCACAACACAUUGACCAAGUCCCUAUCUUUGCAUCGGAAACCAAUAUCCGGUGUAGCAUGAAAGAUGCCAAAAUGUGUCAGGGGUUAUAUUUGUGGUUUGUACGUCGAGUGAAGCAUAAUAAAUUGAUCUGAUUCAGCUC